AUGGCCGUCGGCGAUAUUCCCUCAAGCCCCCAGCAGGCAACUGCCCCACCUCAACCCAUCGAUAUUGAAGCGUGGACCGAGCAGGCGACCGUUGCGCUCAGUUCUGUGGCCAUAUCUGCCCCUGGAGAUGCGCUUCAGGGUACCUCGGUUACGCUUGCGAUCCCGCUCGAUGAACACGAUGCGCCUGCAGCUGCCAGACAGCCCGUAGGUGCUUCAGCAGCUGCAAAGGAGGGCGGCUACUACCGUCGCAAAGAACCACUCCGCCGCGACAGCUUGAAGAGGCGUGAAGCUCUGCUAAAGGGCAAAGAGGGGUCUAGGCGCAGGCAGCGUUGGGAGAAUGACCGUCUCCUGAACAACCCCUACGCCGAGCCUCCACUGCCAAAAGACUGGGAAGUUCAUCCUACCUACACGGCUAAAAACGUGCCCUACUAUCUUGCUCCCCUCUGGGAUGCCGGCCUUAAGCGCCAGUCCAACGAACGCAAGACCGCUGCAGUCGCUCAAAAGGCUGCGACCAAGACCGUAGCCAACAAGCCCACAACUCCCGGUGUCGUGCCCAAGGAACUGCGCGAGAAGCUCAAGCGAUCGCGCGGCGCCAAGGGUCUUCUCAUGGACCUCGAGGGCGAGGUCCGCAAGUUCGUCGCCGACUGGGAGGAGAAGGAGCGCAAGGCAGAGCAAGAUGGCUUACCUGCUGAUCCAGACAGCGAAGACGACGAGAUCGUCUUUGUUGGAAGGAACGGACAGAUGAACGAUCUACGCUCACCCACAGAGGCUGAGGCUAUCAAGAAAGAGCUCAUGCUCUUCGAGACACCUGAGGAAGACGUUGGUGGCAGCUUUGGACGCUGGCUCGUACAUCAUAUCGGUGUCUACUAUGGCUUGAAGACGUGGAGUGUCACUGUUGGCAACCCAGCCAGGCGCGAAGCAUACGUUGGCUUGAAGGGCGCGAAGCUCAAGGCAGGAAACAACGACAGCCAGGUCUGCAGCUCUUUGCCGCGACCACUCUAUGGCUUGGUCUAG